AUGUGCAGCCUCGGUGCGCUUCCAGGAACGCACUGCAGCGUCAUUGCCAUCCUAUACCCUGGAGAUCUGUUGAAGGCUGAGGGACAGGUGUGCAGGACCUCAAUCCGGCACAUCGACCCGCAGACCGGUAAAGGGUAUCACCGCGACGAGGCCGCCCGCGUGCUAAAGUUCUUCCGCACGGCUGUCCUGGCCGAGCUGGGGCGUCCCGGUAGGAUGUGGGACUGGGCGCCGCCAUCACAAGCAGUGGUGGAGGUCAGGCUGGCCGACUGCGACCACCCUAUCCGCGAUAAAGUGCCGGGCACAGUGUCGGACGGGCAUGUCGGUGCCGGCGUGCUUUCCGCGACGUUGUUCGGGUGGGUAGCAAAACAGAUCGACCAUCUGACAGGCGAGAAGGGUCGUCGUGGGGUGAGCAUCGAGAGCAUCGGGAUGAAGAUGCUGAAGGCUUUGCGCGACAGCAUGGUUGAGUACGUCGGCAAGGUCAUUGCCGUGAAACGCACCGCGACGCCGACUUCUCAAGCCGCCGGACCCGCCGACAAUGCCAUAGAUGACGACGUCGCGGAAGGACAGAAGGCGCCCCAAGGUGCAGUUGCCGCCCAGCAUCAUGGGAACGCGAGGGUGCAUGGGGAAGGUGGAAACGGUGGAGGAGGCGACGCAGAGGCAGGUGCAGGAAGGUCGGAAACGGAGAAGUCGGAGUCGUCGUCAGAGUCGGAGUCGGAGUCGGAGUCGGAGGAGGAAGACGAGGCGGUGAAGCGUAAGGACGAGGAGGAGUAUGAGGAGGAGGAGGAGGAGAAUAAGGACGAGAAUGGUGAGAAGUGGGAGGGAGGGAAGGAUGAGGAGGGGGGGGAUGAAGAGGUGGAGUUCGUGGUGGAGUAUGUAGAGGGUACGGUUGAGGCGGGAGCGGCGGAAGAGGCGGUGGGGUCGGCAGAUCAGGGGAAUGAGGAAGAGAAGGAUGACGGCGCGGGAAAUGCUACGAGGUCGGCAGAUGUGGGGAAGGAGAAGGGCGAGGUCGGCGUGGAGGCACCUGGAAAUGGCCAGGAUGAGGCGGCCUGCGAAGGAGGUGGGAAGUGCGAGCACUAG